UCUCCAUUUAACUUGACGAGCUACAAGCGUCUCUGGCCGAUCUCUCUUAUAUAGUUCGAACACAAUUUUUUUUUCUCUCUCUAGUAUCUGCUACUUCAUCUAGCAUUUACCCCACUUGCAUUACCCCUCCUGUCGAGAUUGUUCAAGAUGGUGCUCGAUUACAGCAAAUGGGAUGCGCUCGAGCUGUCUGAUGAUUCAGACAUCGAAGUACACCCUAAUGUCGACAAGCGCUCCUUCAUCCGUGCCAAACAGGCUCAGAUUCAUCAGCAGCGCAUGCAACGCCGCCAUGAAAUUGAAACUCUAAAGUACGAGCGUAUCAUCAACGACGGACUUCUUUCCCGCAUAGACCAACUCCUGAAGUCACUCCAACAACAUGAGGGUUCCUCAAAGAACCCUGAAGAAGUGGUUUUCCAGGUUCUCAUGGAAUCGGCAAGCAAUCCGUCAGAAGAUCAACCCCCUGCCCCACCAGCUGGUGUAUACACGCAUGAGAAAGAACAACCAAAGUAUUCUCAAAUGAUGAGCUCGCUGGUGGAUCAGGUUAAGAAGGAAAUUGGCGAGGUCAGUUCCGACAACCUUCUCAAAGCAUACAUCAAGGGUGUGCAGGGACACAAGGACAAAGUACAGGGCUUGCAGAAGGAAUUGCUGGUGAAGCUCGCAGAACUUGAGAAGGAAGAAAGCAGCAAAAUUACAAGUGAUCAGAUACAUACCGGCUUCGACACCUCCUUUGUCGCCAAGAACGAUUCCAAAGGCAAAGAAACUGAAACCAAGAAGGUGGAAUCCGUUGAGCUGCUGAACCCUACUGCGGUAUCGGGGUCUUCAUCGCAAAAGGCUACCGCUGAUGAAGAGGAAGAGGACCCAGAAAACAUGAAGGCUAGUGAUCUGGCCAAACGGUUUUCAAAAAUCAGCCGUAACGACUACCGCACAUUGCUUCAGUUCAUUUCUGAGCACCCAGAAAUCGUCGCAGAGAAGGAAACGGAUGGUCUACUAGUCGAAGCAUUCAAUAGCCAAAUGGAAGGUAAAGAUGACUAUGCUCGUACAUGCGUUCACCACGGCCUACUGCUGCAGUAUUGCCGCUCCUUGGGCCGUGAUGGCAUUUCCCUCUUCUUUAAGCGUAUCACGACGAAAGAUCAUCAAGCAUCAACGCUUUUCCGAAACGACGUCAAUGAAACCUACAAUAAGAUUAAGACCCGUGCAACAGAACUUGCCAAGGAUGGCUCUGCAUCCAACGACCCUGCUGGUGUUGAGCAGAUCCAGCUUCAUGCGGUUGAUCCCAAUACUAAGAUCACCAUCAACAUCCCUGCUGCAGAGAGCAGCGAACCUGUCGAAGUCGAAGCACGCAAGAUUUUUGAAUCAUUUUCGAAGGACUUGCAACAGGCAUUGAGCUCUGAAUCUCUGGAUGAGGUCAAUAAGGUCCUCGGCAAGAUGAGUGUCGAGGAGGCGGAAGACGUUGUGGAGAAGCUUGGGCAAAGCGGUAUGCUCAGCCUCGAGGAGGGUAUUGUGGAUGCCACCACAGAAGAAGGUCGGAAAAAGUUGGAAGAGAUCGAAGCCGAAAACAAAAAGGAGAAUAAGAUUGAGGAAGUGGGAGAGCCCGGUGGUGACAUUACUGAACUUGACUAAAGAGAUUAUGGGGGAGACUGGUCGACUUCAAUGACGUGUAUAUGUUUCUGCAUGGUUCAAAAAUGAUGCAUUGUCUAACCACUACUACAUGUUUAAUUUGCAGCGCAUCUCUCUGUACAAUUUGAUUGGGCUGGACUUUGUAAAUAUAUUAAUUAACCAUUCCUGAGUCGUCCAAGGGCUCACUUAACAAUGUAUUCAAUUUUGACGUGCGGCGUAUUGGGGGUAUACCGGUAUAUCAGCAGCCUAUGUACGGGUUGUACGGAACAAAUUGCAUAUUAUCUACCUACAUAAGUU